AAAAUGCGUUCUGUCAACAUCAAUUGUCUAGUUCUAGGAAUGCCAUUCAGAAAUAUAAUCUCUAUCAAAAUUAAAGAAAACGAAACGAUUGGCGAACUCAAAAGACGUAUUAAAGCUGAAAAAGAUUACUUCGAAACUGCUGGCGCAAGCGACCUCAGAUUAUGGCGUACAAAUACUCGUAUAGGAAGCAGUAAUGCAAUUCCUUCUUUUGAUCUUUCCGAUAGCAACGAAAUAUUGUCAUAUUUUCAAAUCAAAGAUAUUUGGAAAGAAGAUCCUCCCAAAUCUAAUCUCCACAUAGUUGUUAAAAUCGAAGGUUAGUGUUGCUUUUUGCUUACGUUGGUCUUCCAUUACAAUAAAUAACAAAAAUACUUGCAAUCAGUUGUUGCCCUCAACUGUAUAAUUUCUGGAUACCCUUCUGAUACGUAUUACCGAUUGAAAUUUCUAUAAAAAGAAAUGUUGGCGAACUUAAGUCUAUGAUCAAAAAAUGAUGGAAACCUCUCUU